AUGGCACCACCGCCCGAGCCGGCAGAGAGCGCCGCCUGCGCUCGCAGCGCAUCAAUCAUUAACCGGCGCGGCUGGGGAGGCGGGCACAGAACAGGAGCCGGCAUCCCGUUCUGCCGCGGGGGACUCGGGGCCCCAAGCCGGGCAGGGUCUCGGUCUCCUCCAGCGGCAGGGGCUGAAUUACCGCCAGGCUGGGCUCCUCUGCAGGAGGAGCUGCCGCCGCGCGUCGGCUGGGGCGAUGCUGCCACUGCUGCAAUGAGUGAUGCUGGCUGGGGGCGGAGGAGGAGAAGCACAAAUCCACUGCAAUUCCUCCUCCGGCGGCAGCGGGGAAAGCGGCUUUUCCUUCGCCGGAUCACAUCGCCAGCCCCGCUCCAGCUCCGGGGCCCCAAAGACGCCCUGUCCUGCCCCCACCGCCACCCGCGCAGAGGAGCAGCGCUGCGGCGGGCCGAGGGGGCUGGGGAGGGGGGCAGCAUGCCUGGAGGCCGGACAGCAAAGGACCAGGCGCCUCCCCCUCCUCCCUCUGCCCCCCUGCUGCGCUGGGACGAGGUGCCCGAUGACUUCGUGGAGUGCUUCAUCCUGUCGGGCUACCGGCGGCUGCACUGCAGCGCCCAGGAGUGCCUGGCCUCGGUGCUGCAGCCCACCAACGAGACGCUCAACUUCUGGACCCACUUCAUCCCCCUGCUGCUCUUCCUGAGCAAGUUCUGCCGGCUCUUCUUCCUGAGCGGGGCCGGCGAGCUGCCCUUCCACCACCCGCUCCUGCUGCCCCUCUGGUGCUACGCCUCGGGCGUCCUGCUCACGUUUGCCAUGAGCUGCACGGCCCAUGUGUUCAGCUGCCUCUCGCUGCGCCUGCGCGCUGCCUUCUUCUACCUGGACUACGCCUCCAUCAGCUACUACGGCUUCGCCAGCACCGUGGCUUAUUCCUACUACCUGCUGCCCGGCCUGCGCCUGCUGGACGCGCGGGCCAUGAGCCGCUAUCUGCAGCAGCGUCUGGGCUGGCAGCUGGACUGCAGCCUCCCCAUUGCCCUCUACAGCGCCCUGGUGCUGCCGGUGGCCUUCGUGCUGGCCGUCACCUGCACCGUGGCGUGCUGCAAGAGCCGCUCCGAGUGGUGCGCCUACCCCUUCGCCAUCCGGACCUUCGUCUUCGCCAUGCCCCUCAGCAUGGCCUGCCCCAUCAUGCUGGAGAGCUUCCUCUUCGAUCUGCGCGGGCAGAACCCCACCCUCUUCCUCUACUUCUACAGGCGCUACUUCUGGCUCCUGGUGGCCGCCUUCUUCAACAUCAGCAAGAUCCCCGAGAGGAUCCAGCCAGGGUUGUUUGACAUCAUCGGGCACAGCCACCAACUCUUCCACAUCUUCACCUUCCUCAGCAUCUAUGACCAGAUGUACUAUCUAGAAGAAGGGCUGCUGCAGUUCCUCAAAUCCCCACCUGCCUCCCCUACCUUCCUAGGCACCAUCGGAUAUAUGCUGCUCUUAAUGCUUUGCCUGGGAAUGGUCAUAAGGAAAUUUUUGAACGUUGCAGAUCUCUGCAAACAGGACUAGCCGGCCAGGUAUAUUUAUUCCUAUUGUGAUUCCUGUUCCUAUUCUUUUUAGAGGAUGCUGCAAAAUUUAAGUUAAAGGUACAAAGGAA